CAGUGUAUCAAAUACUUGUUCUCCCCACUGUAUGUGGCAUCAGCCUUUAAAUCCAAGCCCAAAGAAGUAACUCACCCAACUGUCAGUCUCGAGCAGCAAGCCCCACUAGCUCCAAUCCCUGAGCCAGUAAUGCCAGAGGCAAAGCCCCUCCCUGAAUCUGGAUCAUCUGAACCAGUUGAGCCUGCUGUUGACGAGGCUCCUCCCUCUGAACCUAGCUCCGACCCUGUCUCUGUAGAGGAGGGUGUUCCAUCUGAGGUUGAAUCUGCCCCUCAGUCCACCACAGAGGUGGCCACUGCAGAGGGUUCUAUUGACACUGAGCCUGCUGCAGCUGAACCUGAGGCAGCCGCAGUGGUGGAGCAAGAGGCUGUUGAGACGGCCCUUGUGCCUGCUGUUGAGUCUGCACCUGUAGAAGAGGCUGCCCCUUUAGAAGAGGCUGCCGCUGCCCCUUUAGAAGAGGCUGCCCCUGCCCCUGUCGAAGUGGCUGCCCCUGUCGAGGAGGCUGCCCCUGCCCCUGUUGAGGUGGCUGUACCUGUCGAGGAGGCUGUACCUGUCGAGGAGGCUGCACCUGUAGAAGGGGCUGCCCCUUCACCGGUAGAAGAUUAUGUUGUUGAAGAGGCUGCCCCUGCACCUCCUGCUGAAGUGAUUCCUCCAACUGCCCCUGUUGAGGAGGAAGUUGCUUCUGCACCCCCUGCAGCUGAAUAGGCUGUCCGUGCACCUGUAGAGGAGGUUGCUGCCCCACCUCCUGCAGCUGAAGAGACGGCACCUCGUCCUGCUCCUGUUGAGGAGGCUGUUCCUCCAGCUCCAACAGAGGAGGAAUCUGUGAUUGUAAUAGUAACUGAUGGGAAACCCACAUUUGCACCCGACCCCAAGCUAGGUGUUCUGGGCCAGGCCAGUCCUGAGGAUGAAGACCUGUACAGCACGCGUGGAUGAAGAACGACAGGAGGAGAAGGUGGGGGGAAUGUGGAAAGACGUUGGAGGGAGGGGAAGGAUAAGGGAAAACCACAGAAAUGGGAAAAUAAUAUAAUGUGACGUGUUAAAGCAACUACAGUUUUUCAGGUGCCUAUUUGUCUCUACCUCAAUGAUUGGGAACAGUUACAGUCACAGGUGUCCUGAUUCUCCACAAUUCUCCCCAAGUGUGCACUUGCACACUUCCCGUCAUGGAUUUACCAAUGGUGGAAACUCCUGCCUCCAGCCAAUACUUUCACCAAUCCGAUUUGAAUCCAUGACAGGGAGAAGGAUGGAGAAUCAGGAUGCAACCAUACUGUAUUUGAAUUUGACCUCUCUAGUGUCAUCCGUGUUUCUUUGCGGAGGAGACUGCAGUUUACAUAGACACCCACAGGGGACAGGGUGCAGGCCAUCAUCUGCAUCCACCAGAACAAACAGCCAUCUUUACACUCUUCUUCCAAAGCCACUACACAAGGUUUACUUACCAGCACUUACACGGAGCGUACAAAACAUUAAGAACACCUUCCUAAUAUUGCGUUGCACCCCUUUUGCCCUCAGAACAGCCUCAAUUCGUAGAGUCCACGAAUUAUGUUACUAACCAAACUGGACCAUUACACAAUAAGUAUUUAAUUGGCUUUUUUUUUUCUUUUGCUAGGGACUUUACUUGGGGCACUGCUAUGCUAUCGCUUUUUUUUGUCCGCCACAUUCAUAUGGGGAAUUUGCCUUCUGUUAUUAGUCAGGUCAGUCUAUGCAAAUAUUUUCCAUGUGGCAUUUUGUAAACCAGUGAGCAGUUUUAACACAUCCAUUUGUAAGACCUUAUAGAACCACUGACUUGAACCUUUUGUAAAAACCCAAUGUUUAUGGAUGUGCAGCUCUUGCACAAGUUAGACACUCUCAAACAAGCCCACAUAGAGACACCUGGAGGUCAUGUUACAUUAUGAACUGGCCAAUUUGAUAUGUGUGUUGGAUACAUUGGAAUGACAAUGUCCUUGUACUUGAUGUCAGUUUGAAAAUACACUAAAGGAAAUGUUUCAAACAGUUUUGUUUGUAUUUUAAUAGAACUGUCAACAUAUUUAAGCUUUUUAUAUAUAGGCUAUUUUACAGUACAGUCAAGAGGAUCAAGAGAACACAUUUUACAACAUGUUUUAAUACCUUUCCCUCAAAUAUUUUUUGUUGUAGAAUUUUUUUAAUGAAAAUCACUUAAUGAAUUGACUGCCUUCAAUUUGAAAUCACCCCAGCCCUGAUCUUCACCAUGAUAAUCAUGUUCAGAUGUGUGUUCUUUUGUGCAAUAGAAUUACCAAAUAGGGAAUAAAGGCAUUUUCCUUCA